ACUCUGACACCGUGUCCUCCUGCCUGGGAGAGGGGAAGCCGAUCGGAGGACAUCUCAGUGGCCAGACCAGAAACCUCCUACCCCCAGAAUGGACAGGGGCUCCAGCUUCUGGCCCCCCCUUGGACUAAACCUGCUGCUGCUCCUUCUGGCACUGCCGCUUGGGAGCCAGGCCGCCGCAGAAUGCUACGGGAUCCCCGGGAUGCCAGGGCUGCCCGGGGCCCCAGGGAAGGAUGGGCAUGAUGGACUGCAAGGGCCCAAGGGUGAACCAGGAAUCCCAGCUAUUCCUGGGACACGAGGACCCAAGGGUCAGAAGGGAGAAGCUGGCACACCUGGCUUUCCUGGGAAAAAUGGCCCCAUGGGAGCCGCUGGGCUUCCGGGGGCUCCCGGACUCAUGGGCCCCCCCGGGGAGCCGGGAGAGGAGGGCAGAUACAAGCAGAAGCACCAGUCAGUGUUCACGGUCACACGGCAGACAGUCCUGCCCCCGGCACAGAACAGCCUGGUCAAGUUCAACACGGUCAUCACUAACCCGCAGGGGGAUUAUAACACGAGCACGGGCAAGUUCACCUGCAAAGUCCCCGGCCUUUACUACUUCGUCCACCACACAUCACAUACGGCCAACCUGUGCGUGCAGCUGUACCGCGACAAUGUGCAGGUGACCAUCUUCUGUGACCACAUGUCCAGCAACAGGCAGGUCAGCUCCGGCGGUGUGCUGCUGCGGCUGCAGGAGGGCGCGCAGGUGUGGCUGGGGGUCAACGACUACAACGGCAUGGUGGGCACCGAGGGCUCUGACAGCGUCUUCUCCGGCUUCCUGCUCUUCCCCGACUAGGGGAGCAGGCCUGCUCCAGCCCCAGGCUACCCCACCUCCCUCAGCUUCCCUGCCUGGACAUGCUGUGCCGCAUCCUUGCUCAGGCAUUCUCCCCACCUAAUGGACUCCUCCUCCAGGAAGUCCACCCUGACACCCAUCCCGUGAGUUCUCUCCCUUCUCUGAGUUCCUGCAGGAAUCACUGCCUUGACACUUACCCAACACCUCUGGUACUAUCAUUACUUUUCUCUAAGUCUUGGAAGACUGAAAGGUAUAUGAAUAAAUAAUUAAAUCAAUAAAUGUG